AUGAGUGAAGGAGAACAAAAACAAACUCCACAAUUGAGUCUUGAAGAGACAGAAACAACCACAACACCAACUGAGAACCAACAACACCAAGAAAGUACUACUGUUGUUCAAACUAAACAAAAAGAAAAUGGACCAAAUAAUACACCUUCUAAGAAAAGAUUUGAUGAAGUUGCUCAUUUAAAAAAAGAAAGAACAGUUAUGAAACAACAAUUAGAAGAUCUCAGAAAAGAAAGAAAUGCAUUAAGAUUACAAAUAGAUUCAUUAAAAUCAGAAAAUGAAUAUAUACGUGGAAUGCAUGAGGAAAGUGAAGCUAAAUUACGAGAUAUUUCAACUAAAUGUAAAGAACUUGAUUCACAAUUGUCAGAAAAAUCUAUACAAUGUGAAAAGUUACAGAAACAAGUUGCAAUUAUUGAAAGUGAUAAGAAAGUUGAGAUUGCACAAUAUGAAGCAGAAGUUAGUCAAGUUAAGAAAAGACUUUCAGAAGUAAUGUCUCGUGAUAUUGAACAAUUACGAGCUGAAGCUGAAAAAGCAAAUAAACGAGCACUUGAAGCUGAAGAACGGAUUGAAGAAAACAGAAAAGCAGCUCGAGCAGCAGAAGAAAAAGAAUUAAAAGAAAGAGUAGGAAGAGAAGAAGAAGCUAGAGCUAAAGAAACAUGGAAAGUAAGAGCAUUAGAAGCAGAGAAUGCAUCAACAAAAGCAAAUGAAAAUAAGAAAAAGUUUGAAACAUUAAUAUCUUCUCAAGAGAAACGUAUUCAAGAACUUGAAGCAAUUUUAGAAAGUGAUAAAACUCAAAUUGAACAAAUACAAAGAGAUCUUGAAAAAGAAAAACAAAAAGAAAAGACAGUAAUUAUUAAACAAGAAGAACAACAAAAAGAUUUUGAAGGACUUAAAGAGUUAGAAGUACUUGGAGCUAAAAUUGGUGAAUUACAAAUGGAAAAACGAAUUGUUGUUGAAGAAAAUAAAGAAUUAAAAGAACAAGUUAGUAAAUUAUCUGAACAAUUAAAUGUAUGGAAGAGUGAAACAGUUAAAAAUUAUAUUUUAUAUUUUGGAAGUGUAAAAAGUAAUGAACAAUUAGAAAAAGAAAAACAAGAACAAACUAAAAGAGCAAGUUUUAUGAAUUAUUUAUGGAGGGGAUAUUCAGUUGAUGGAUUACCACAAAAUGUAUCAAAAGAUUUAUCAACAAAAAUGCAUCGAGUAUUAGAAGAAACAUUAUAUCAAAAUGUUAAACAACAAGAUGAAAUUGAUGCAUUAAAGAAAGAAUUAAAUAAUCAAUCAACACAAAUCGUUCAUUUAAAUGAUAAACUUACUGAAAUAGAAAAACAAAAAAUUAUAAAUCCUAAUUCACAAGAGAUAAUUGUUACAGAAGAAAUAUCAAAAAAUCCAUCAGAAACAAUAAAAUUAAAUCAAGUAGUUGCACCUGAACUUCCACCAAAAUCAAGUAAUCCAUAUUUUCCUAAAAGUAAAAUAAGAAAAGAUGAUUAG